AUGGCCUUCAACAGGGGCUCGGAACCCAUCACCUUCAACGAAGUGGACGAAGCCAACCAUCCUACAGCCACCUAUGUCUAUACUCAAUCAACUCAGUCUCUGCCAUUGGAGCAUGCCAACGCCCGUGCAAACAGCGGGCGCAUAGAUCUUCUGCACGAUCCCUCCAGCUUAUCAACAACUUCAUGGUCUUCGAAGGCACUACUGGACACCCUUGCGGACGUCUUUCUCCCCACUGGAUACCCGCACAGUGUCACUGAAGACUACACCCCCUACCAGAUCUUUGACUCCCUUCAAGCAUUCAGCAGCUCUAUCGCAGGCCUCCUGUCAUCCAGAGCCGUCUUACAAGGCGUGGGUGUCGGCAACGCUGAUGCAUCACCUACUUCAGCUCUACUCCUUCAUAUCCUCCAAGACUCAUCUGGCCGCAUCGCCACCAUUCUCUUCGCGCAUCGGAUCGGUACCGCGCUCGAGCCAGAAUGUAAGAUGUAUCGGCUUGCUGCUGACAUUUUCAACGAUGCGGCCAUGAUCUUGGACUGUCUUUCGCCCAUGGUCCCAGCGGGUGCUCUUCGAGUUCUCGUACUCAGCACAGCAGGCAUUCUUCGUGCCCUCUGCGGCGUCGCAGGUGGAAGUUCCAAGGCGAGCUUGAGUGCGCACUUUUCUCGAUGGGGCAACCUAGCGGAGGUCAAUGCUAAAGACUCGUCUCAGGAGACCAUCAUCUCUCUCGUUGGCAUGCUGGUUGGGUCCUUCGUUGUCUCGCAUGUGACAGGUUUCGCUGCAACAUGGAUCGUCCUCCUAAUGCUUUUGGCCCUGCAUUUGGGUCUGAACUAUGCAGCCGUCCGCUCCGUUCAAAUGACGAGUCUGAACAGGCAGCGGGCGAACAUUGUCUUCUCCACCAUUCUCAAUACCGACGGGGACUUGUCGCAAUUGAUGGACCAGGACUCCGGCACUAGCACCAGAACUCACAGCGAACCACUCGUCCCCACGACAACAAUCUCCCCACAUAAUCCGAGGGCGGAUUACGACCGAUUGCAAAUCCUCACGCCAUCUCAAGUCGCCAAACAGGAGAGGAUCUUCGAGACAGACGGCGUUCUCCGAUGGUCAUCUCCAGUCCCAACCAGCACCGCCGCCAUACACCACUUUCAAGCUGGGUUGAGCAUCGGCACCUGCCGAAUCGGCGUCUCCCUUCGCCAGUUUCUCCUCAGUCCAUCCUCCUCCUCCUCCUCCUCCUCCCCUUCCUUCUUCUCCUUCUCCUCCCUCGCCCUUAGGCCCACCCAUUCCUCCAAAUCCCUGAAGACUAAUAUUCCUCUCCCGCAACUCUCUAUUCUCUUCACAGACGAACACUACAUCCUCUUCCUGAGCUGCUUGAAGGGCAAAUGGCACGCCAACAUCCUCCUGAAAUCCAGCUGCACCCCGCAGAGCCAGCUCAAAGGCUGGCUACACGCCUUGCUCGCUGCACGGGUUCUUUCUUGCAGUCACGCCCGUUCCCCCGGAGCAAACUCAUCUGAGACAGGGGGCCAGCCGGAGAUGGACGGGAGCAUCAGUUCCAUUCUCGACGUUCUCCACCGCACACUGUCCUUCCUGAAUGAAGACGGCCGGUUCGAGCGGUACAUGGCCGCCCUCGAAGAUGCAGGGUGGGAUCUUACCAUCCGGGCAUUGGAGACGAAGUCGGGGAGAAGAGUCUAUUGA